CAACAAGCAAGAGAGAAACGACACAAUCGGAACGCACUCUCUGUACGUCGGCACAGCAGACAGCUGUAGUUGUUGUCAACCUCCUCGCAGUUGACGUUUGUUUAGAGGAGAAUAUUCCUAAAACUGUUGUUGUCGGAUUGUGAUAGUUGAAAUACUCGAUGAAUUUUCGUUGAUUCUUAGAAGAAAAGUGUUUUAUUGAAAUAUUGAAAUGGUGUCGAACAAUACCGAGGAAAUGGCUAAUACGCUUUUGUUAAAAAACAGGAACUCUGAUGUCAAAGUUCAGAUUGUGCCUAUGCAGGCCAAAACCCUCACACAUCUACCAAAAAGGCCCAAAGUUGAUUUGGCAUUCUCUGACCUCUCCUACACCGUGAUCCAGGGAUCAAAACCAAAAACAAUUCUGAAAGAUGUGGGCGGCCACUUCCGAUCCGGAGAACUGACAGCAAUCAUGGGACCAUCAGGGGCGGGAAAAUCGACGCUACUGAAUAUUUUGACAGGUUACAAAACCGAAGGAAUGAAGGGACAAAUUCUCAUGAAUGAUUCUCCGAGGGACAUCAGCCGUUUCAGGAAACUGUCGGCCUACAUUAUGCAGGAUAACCAACUGCACGGAAAUUUGACAGUUGAUGAAGCGAUGAGAGUGGCCGCCAAGUUGAAGAUCGGCAGCAAAACCAACACAGAGAAAGAGAAAAUCAUUAACGAAAUCUUGGACACGCUCGGGCUCAUCGAUCACAGGAGGACAAUGACCAGCGGUCUUUCUGGGGGUCAGAAGAAGAGGAUGUCGAUCGCGCUUGAGUUGGUCAGCAACCCCCCUGUCAUGUUUUUCGACGAACCAACUAGCGGGCUGGACAGUUCUUCUUGCUUCCAAUGUAUUUCCCUACUGAAAACCCUGGCCGCCGGCGGCAGGACCAUAAUAUGUACCAUCCAUCAGCCUUCCGCUCGAUUGUUCGAAAUGUUCGAUCAACUUUAUACCUUGGCCGACGGUUACUGUGUGUACCAAGGUUCCACCAGGCAGUUGGUUCCGUUCUUGGGAACCCUAGGACUUCAGUGUCCGUCUUAUCACAAUCCCGCCUCGUAUAUCAUCGAAGUUGCGUGCGGGGAAUACGGAAAUCACAUCAGAAAGCUCGAAAACGCUAUUGGUAAUGGAAAACAUGAUAUUAGAGAUGGCAUGCCUCUUCCCGAUAUGAAGGCAAUCGAAGGACUCAAUAACAUGAACGAAUGGACCAAUGGAAACGGAAACAUCAAUAAGAACUCAAGUCAACCUGCCUAUGGUUUUAACGAAAAUGUCCUUCUUGAAAAGAAAGUCGAUAAGAGCGUCGCACCUAUUGCCAACGAAAAAGAAAACGCAACUGUUGAAACGACUCUGCUGGACGAAGUCGUUCCUAAAAACCAACCCAGAUAUGGAAACUCCGAAUUACAACAGUUCUUCAUCAUCCUAAACCGCGCUCUACUUUUUAGCAGAAGAGAUUGGACUCUCAUGUACCUCAGGUUGUUUGCCCACAUCCUUGUUGGUAUCCUGAUUGGAGCUCUUUACUUUAAAAUAGGAAAUGACGGUGGCAAAGUAUUAAGUAACCUUGGUUUCUUAUUCUUCAAUAUGUUGUUUCUUAUGUACACAUCCAUGACCAUCACAAUCCUCUCCUUUCCUCUUGAGAUGCCUGUGUUGUUGAAAGAGCAUUUUAAUCGAUGGUAUUCUCUGAAGUCCUACUACCUCGCAAUAACAAUAUCGGAUAUACCUUUCCAGACUGUAUGCUGUAUUCUAUAUGUCUCCAUUGUCUACUUUAUGACAUCACAACCUAUGGAUUCGGCAAGAUAUGGCAUGUUUUUGUUAGCUUGCCUUUUAGUUUCCUUUGUAGCUCAGAGUGUGGGUCUGGUCGUUGGCGCUGCUAUGAAUGUACAGAACGGCGUUUUCUUAGCCCCCGUUAUGUCUGUACCAUUCCUGCUGUUCUCUGGAUUCUUUGUGUCAUUUGAUGCAAUUCCAAUUUAUUUGAGAUGGAUAACCUACCUUUCAUAUAUCAGAUAUGGUUUUGAGGGUACAGCCCUUGCUACUUACGGUUUCAACAGGACGAAACUUGAAUGUCACCAACCUUACUGUCACUUCAAAGAUCCUUCAACAACUCUUGAAGAACUGGACAUGCAAUACUCUGAAUAUUCUCUUGACAUAAUAGCUCUCCUUGUUAUAUUCCUCAUUUUGAGGAUAGCCGCUUUCUUGUUUUUAAGAUGGAAAUUGCGAUCAAACCAUUAAUUUUAUGACUGAGAAUUACUAUUAUUAUAUAGGUUUUCUUGAAGGUGACAAAAGGUUUAUGUAUAUUUGGUAAAAUUAGUGAAAUUAAUUUAUAGGCCCUUUUGAUGAUAACCUAAGUUAACAUAUACUUCAGAAAUAUUGUUAAUAACUUGUUUUAUUAUUGAGAUGUUGCAAAUUAUCUAUUCAUUUAUUAUGACAUAGAAACAGAAUUGCUAAGUGAUAAGGAAUUGGAUAUUCAUUAUAUUUUCUACAUAGGUUUAGUUCUUAAGAUUUGUUUGUGUGAUAGAAUGUGUUAGGUAGGGCUGUGAUUGAAAAGAAAAUGUUAUUUAUACACAAUUCUGAACUUGCCUGAUUAAUAUUUUGCCAAUUUUCCUUGAGAUUCUUGUGAAUCAAAUCACAUAUUUGUAUUUUUAUAUAAGAAAGCAACACAUUUGUAUAAUUUGCGUGAAUUUAAUAUAUGAUCAUGUUGAAACUUAGAACCAGUACAAGUAAAACAUUUUAAAUA